AUGACACAAUCAGUGCUUAAAUCUCAGAAGUCCGAAUCACGGCCGCUGCUUUGCAAAAAGGCAGUGUUGUUGAAUCGUUGCGAGACGUGGCCUCUGCGGACAGAUAAAGUGAGACGUCUUCUGGCUUUUGAACACCGGUGCUUCAUAAAAGUUGCUGACAUACCUUCGGAAAGCGAAAUGAGAGAGUUUGUGCUCGAGGAAUUGAGCACAGACGACCCCGUUCAAGCAACAACCAUCCUGCCAUUCCGCUAUCACCAUCGUGCUGGGUUUGAGUUGUCCGUGCUGAAGGCAACUCAUCUAUCAAUAAAACCCGGUGAUUUUGUCUUCGCACUGGGGAAGGUCAUGCGAGGUCCAGACGCCAGAAUACUCUCGGAAAACAGAGAGCUUGGUUAUGGCACUGACGAUGAUUUGUUGUUCUACCAACUGGACCCGAUAAACCCCAUGUCUGACCCUGUCUGGACGUCCCAAGCAAUACUAACCAAGCCUUAUGGAGAUGAUGAUGCCAUACUGGUGAUUCAGUUGUUUGCGAUCCCAUUGGGUUUUCGAAUUGGAGGAGACAUAUUCGUUGGACAUCGUGGAUCGUGGUUUAAACCGAAAAAGAAGAAGAAUUUCAAUAGGAUUUGGGAGGCGAAACGUCGUCAAAUAAAAUCCAGACAUAUGAUUGGCUGGUCCGUGAUUCGACUCCUUGAAAGGAAGUUCUUACGUUAUGGAAUCCAUGAACUGGCUGUUUUUCCACCGCCAAUUCAGUUGCAUUGGCUCCGGAGAGUUCAGAGAAAAUCAGAACAGGCGUUGAUUUUGCGUGGUCCAAAGCCCUUUCCUUAUUCGCGACUCACCAUUCGGCUGACUGACGGUCACUUUCUGAAUUAUCGAAGGGAACUUAAUGCAGACAAUGAAGAGCCUACAUUUUCACAGCUUGCAAAAGUUGAGCCAACUUCUGUGCCGCAAAAAACCUUCAAAUUUCGCUCGAGCGUGAACUCACUCGCUGAAUACCGUCGUCAGCGUGACCAGAACUGGCCCGAACGUGGUGAGUAUUACAGAGCAACACAACGUCUGCUUGAAGAGGUCCAUAAACUCAUUGAAACGGAGCUG